AGAGAAAGAGAGAGACAGGGGGAGUGCUGCUUGCUUCAUCUUUGAGAGGAGGGAAAACAAAAGACCUCAGCUGCAGUUUUGUGUUGCUGUGUCUGGCUUAAACAGAAAAUUCUAGACAUCCGUGCUGAAAAAUCAAAGCCCAGCUGAGAAUACUUCUAUCGGGAAAUUGAUUAUUGCAAUUAUUUUUGAUCUGAGAAUGGGUUGGAUCAGUACAGGUGGUUUGAGAAGACAUACUGGCUGAGGACCAUGGAAAGGUGGGAUAAGACUCUGAGCUUUUCUUCUUCUUUCUUUGAACGGAACCUUAGGGUACCACAAGACCACAUAAGGAGGGUGAGGUUCCCGGUGUGGAUUAUAUUUUCAUUACUGUUGAAGACUUUAUGGAACUAGAGAAAAGUGGCGCUCUCCUAGAAAGUGGAACAUAUGAAGAUAAUUACUACGGUACCCCAAAGCCUCCUGCAGAACCAGCUCCCUUAUUGUUAAAUGUAACAGACCAGAUACUUCCAGGAGCCACACCAAGUGCUGAAGGAAAACGUAAGAGGAAUAAGUCAGUGAGCAACAUGGAGAAAGGAGGAAUUGAGCCUCCUGAGGAGGAGGAGGAAGAACAACCUGUGGUCAAUGGAAAUGGGGUAGUAGUAACUCCAGAAUCAAGUGAGCAUGAAGACAAAAGUACAGGUGCCUCAGGUGAAAUGCCCUCUCAGCCUUACCCUGCACCAGUAUACAGUCAGCCUGAGGAACCAAAGGAGGAUAUGGAUAUAGUGAAGCAAACUAAGCCUGAAGAGAAUGAUGAAUUGGGCCCAUUGCCUGAUAAUUGGGAGAUGGCCUACACAGAAAAGGGGGAAGUCUACUUUAUUGACCAUAACACAAAGACAACAUCAUGGCUGGAUCCACGACUUGCGAAAAAGGCUAAACCUCCAGAAGAGUGCAAAGAAAAUGAGCUUCCAUAUGGCUGGGAGAAAAUUGAUGAUCCCAUAUAUGGCACUUAUUAUGUUGACCACAUAAAUAGAAGAACACAAUUUGAAAACCCCGUCCUGGAAGCCAAACGAAAACUACAACAACAUAACAUGCCCAACACAGAACUUGGAACAAAGCCUUUGCAGGCCCCAGGUUUCCGAGUAGACAGCUCUUCAUCGACAUUACCUAGGCCUAAAUAUGUUCACCCACGCCCUGCACUUGAGCGGUCUCGCAGCGUGAAUGACUUGUCUUACUAUCGGCGCGACAAUGCUGGAAAGUACAGUCUGUAUGAAAAGCCGCUUUUCACCCGGGAUGCAUCACAACUGAAGGGCACUUUCUUAAGCACAAUCCUGAAAAAGAGCAACAUGGGCUUUGGAUUUACCAUCAUUGGGGGAGAUGAACCUGAUGAGUUUCUUCAGGUGAAAAGUGUAAUUCCUGAUGGACCUGCUGCUCAAGAUGGGAAAAUGGAGACAGGUGAUGUCAUUGUCUAUAUUAAUGAAGUUUGUGUCCUUGGACAUACUCAUGCAGAUGUAGUCAAACUUUUCCAGUCUGUUCCUAUUGGUCAAAGUGUCAACCUGGUGUUAUGUCGUGGGUAUCCUUUACCCUUUGAUCCCGAAGAUCCUGUUAGCAACAUGGUGCCACCUCUUGCAGUAAUGGAGAGACCCCCUGUAGUGGUCAAUGGAAGACAUAACUAUGAAACUUAUUUGGAAUACAUUUCUAGGACCUCCCAAUCUGUUCCAGAUGUAACAGAUCGACCUCCACAUUCUUUGCACUCCAUCCCAGCUGAUGGUCAGCUUGAUGGCUCAUUCCCACCUCCCAUUCAUGAUGAUAAUGUGUCCAUGGCUUCUUCAGGAGCUACACAAGCUGAACUCAUGACCUUAACCAUUGUGAAAGGUGCCCAGGGCUUUGGCUUCACAAUUGCAGACAGUCCUACAGGACAAAGGGUGAAGCAAAUUCUAGACAUUCAGGGAUGUCCUGGCUUAUGUGAAGGUGACCUCAUCAUUGAGAUCAACCAACAGAAUGUACAGAACUUGAGCCAUACAGAAGUCGUGGAUAUACUGAAGGAGUGUCCCAUUGGAAGUGAGACUUCUUUGAUUAUUCAUAGAGGAGGUUUCUUUUCUCCUUGGAAAACUCCAAAGCCUAUAAUGGAACGAUGGGAGAAUCAAGGCAGCCCUCAAACAAGUUUAUCUGCUCCAGCUAUACCACAGAAUCUCCCCUUUCCAACCUCCCUUCACAGGAGUUCAUUUCCUGACUCAACAGAGGCCUUUGAUCCGAGGAAGCCUGACCCAUAUGAGCUAUACGAGAAAUCCAGAGCAAUUUAUGAAAGUAGGCGUCCAGAUUAUAAAGAAUUGGAUGUUCACCUCCGGAGGAUGGAGUCUGGAUUUGGUUUCAGAAUCCUUGGGGGAGAUGAACCUGGACAACCCAUUUUGAUUGGAGCAGUCAUUGCCAUGGGCUCAGCAGACAGAGAUGGCCGCUUGCACCCUGGUGAUGAGCUGGUCUACGUGGAUGGCAUUCCUGUGGCUGGAAAGACACACCGAUAUGUUAUUGACCUCAUGCAUAAUGCAGCCAGAAAUGGGCAGGUGAACCUAACUAUAAGAAGAAAGGUGAUGUCUGUAGGAGAGCCCUGUCCAGAAAAUGGGAGGAGUCCAGGCUCUGUGUCCACCCACCACAGCUCACCGAGAAGUGACUAUGCUGCGUACACCAACAGCAACCAUGCUGCUCCCAGCACUAAUGCUUCUCCACCUGAAGGGUUUGCAUCACAUAGCCUACAAACCAGCGAUGUGGUCAUACAUCGUAAAGAGAACGAAGGAUUUGGCUUUGUCAUCAUCAGUUCCCUGAACAGACCAGAGUCGGGUUCCACAAUAACUGUGCCACAUAAAAUUGGUCGUAUUAUUGAUGGAAGUCCUGCUGAUCGCUGUGCAAAACUAAAAGUUGGAGACCGGAUAUUAGCUGUGAAUGGCCAAUCUAUCAUCAAUAUGCCUCAUGCAGAUAUUGUCAAGCUCAUUAAAGAUGCAGGUCUUAGUGUAACUCUUCGAAUCAUUCCCCAGGAGGAGCUGAACAGCCCAGCAUCUGCCCCCAGUUCUGAGAAACAGAGCCCCAUGGCCCAGCAGCACAGCCCCACAGCUCAGCAGAGUCCACUGGCCCAGCCAAGUCCUGUGGCCCCUAACAGCCCUGUCACUCAGCCACCUCCUCCCCAACCCCUCCAGCUGCAAGGACAUGAGAACAGUUAUAGGUCAGAAGUAAAAGCAAGGCAAGAUGUGAAACCUGACAUCCGACAACCCCCAUUUACAGACUACAGGCAGCCAGCCACAGACUACAGACAGCCCCCACUGGACUACAGGCACCCUCCGGGAGUGGAUUAUCAGCAGCCACCACCCUUGGAUUAUAGGCAACCACCUCUGUUAGACUACAGGCAACAUUCUCCAGAUACAAGACAAUAUCCUCUAUCAGAUUAUAGGCAACCCCAGGAUUUUGAUUAUUUUACUGUGGACAUGGAAAAGGGAGCCAAAGGGUUUGGAUUCAGUAUCCGUGGAGGAAGAGAAUACAAAAUGGAUCUGUAUGUGUUGAGGUUAGCAGAAGAUGGACCAGCAAUAAGGAAUGGAAGAAUGAGAGUAGGAGAUCAGAUCAUUGAAAUCAAUGGGGAAAGCACAAGAGACAUGACGCAUGCCAGAGCAAUAGAGCUGAUCAAGUCUGGAGGAAGGAGAGUGAGACUGCUGCUGAAACGUGGGACAGGCCAGGUCCCAGAGUACGACGAACCAAACUCCUGGGGUUCUCCCUCUGCCGCCUCCACAGGUCUGCCGGAAGUAGUGACUUCCCUUGAAGACAUAAUCUCACCAUUAUCUUCAUCGCAUCUAGCCCCACCCUCUGACCCUUCCCACCAGAUAAGCCCAGACCCAACAUGGGAUAUCAAAAGGGAACAUGACGUUAGAAAACCAAAGGAGCUUUCAGCUAACGGCCAGAAGAAGAAAAGAUUAGGGGAACAAAGGGAAAGAUCAGCUAGUCCUAAGAAGGUUGAUAGGUCAAAGCAUGAGGAGACAUCAAACAAAGGAUCGUCUGAGUGCAAAUCCAAGAAAACCGAGGGUGGCAGGCCCCCCUCGGAGAGUAAAGCGAUUGGACAGCUCACUGUCGCGGAAGUGGGAGCAGGGGAGAUGAUGUACGCUGGUACCAAUGAUGAGCAACGUGGGAGGUCCAAGGCCGCUGAUUCAAACAGAGGUGGAUCUCUCGGGAGGAAUGAGGAUCUCAGAGCUUUGGGUCCAGCAGAAAAGAAGGCCGCAGCAGCUCCUGAUCACAGCCAGCUCGAAUCACUCGGUGCUACAAAGGCAUACGGUAGCAAUAGCUGCAGCCCGUACUCAAGUGACAUGGACCACAGCCGGCGGGAGCCUGACGGGAAACAUAGCGAGUUCCCAAGGAAGGGACACUUCCAUUCUAGUAGUGUUCGCAACGCCACCACCGCAACUCGGAAGGCGACUGUCUCACCAGGACCUUGGAAAAUCCCUGGUUCUGACAAGUUGCCUAGUGUACUGAAAUCUGACGCUUCAGCCAUGAGCAGAUAAGCGAUGCAGCUGUUGCCCUCCAUUUCACAUUAACACAGAACAUUCUUCUUAGGUUCUGUCUCACAAUGUUUUAAUUUAUUUUCACUGUCACACAUAUAUCCAUGAGACGUCAAGGCCUGGAAGCAUCAACGCAGAACCAUAUUCCAUGAGGAUAUGCAGAGCAUCCAAUAAAUUUGAGCAGUCUAUAGUCAAUGCAGAGAUUACAAACUGAUCCUCCAGUCCCCCAUUCCAUUUUAGGGACUUGGGCAGCUAUGGAAGAACCAAAAUAUCCUAAAGUACAAUUGGAGAAAGGCAGUGCAGUGUAGCUUUAGUAUUUUUCCCCCGCUGCAUGAAGGAUUUGGGUGUCAUUGCAAACUUUAUAUCAAGAAACUGGACAAGCAAUCAUAAACUGGAAUAUCGCCUUAAAAAUCAAACUGCACGGAGCAAGCUGAAACUGAGAAAAAGAUUAUAUCUUUUAACUGAGCUAAAGUGUUGUAAAUAAAUUAUUCUCAAUGCAUCUAAACAGGGGUUAAAGGGUUUCUUUGAAACAUUCAGAACUGUGCACCCAUGACAUAUUUCCAUGGUACACACUUUGGGAUAGUCCAUACCUGGUACUAGCAGCCUCAUUCACUGUGGGCUUCAGGAUGACUUAGGAAAUUGAGUAAAUUAAUUGGUGUGAUGCCAUUUUUACUGCCAUUUUGUGAACAAAUCCUAUUUCUGUACAUUUAGGGGAAGAGGAACUGAAGGGGAACCAAGUCAGGUUUCAGAAAAUUAUGUCCUGGAAAACAAUUUGCCACAAGUUAGAAUUUGGUGAUUUAGCUCACAGAUUAGAACUGAUUGUUGUCUGAAGUGUAAAUUUUACACCCACAGGACAGAAUCUAAUGAUUAUCAAGAGUGGAGAAGCUGCAGUUUCCUUACACAAAAAGGCUUUCCUAUCCUCUCUUAGUAGCAAAGACAGUUACCUUUCUUACUAGCGGUGCUAUAGUUCACUCUUUUUUAGUAUUACCUUCUUUCUUUCUAUUGGGCCAUCUUUCUAUUUCUUCUCAUUUACUUUCAAAGAGCAGAUGUCUGUGAAAUUGUCCAGCUUAUAUUAUUGGGGUUUUAAUGCCUUCCAAGUAUAAAAAGCCAUCAUUUUGACCAAUUUGUUUUCACUCAAAGACAUUUUGUCAUUUCUUUCUGCCUCUAAGCUUUCUUUUUCUUCUUCUUUUGUUUCUCUUGGAUCUACUUUUGUCUCAGACUCUUAGUCAAGUCUAAACUUUUUUCAUGCAUGUCUAAGACCUUUGCAUCAGUCUUCAUGGAAGAUUGAUUCCCUAGCAAGAUUCUUAAGACACCAUUUUUUGCCUUGAUUUUUUUUUUUUUUGUAAUUAAAAAAAUGUAACCACUGAUAAAUUUGCCAUGGAUAAUCACUUUGUGAAUACAUGUGUGAGAAGUCAACAUGGAGGCUUCUAAAAGCAUCAAAAAAGCCCUUUCUCUUUAAUGUGCUCUGUUCAAAAGAGGCUUCAAUGUAUUGUAAGUUACUUCAAUAGGAUCCUUUCCACUAAUGCCACGCUUUUUAGAAAUUCAGAUGCAAAUAAGCCACCCUUCCUUGCCAUCUACAAAUCUGAAAUCAAAGAAGUAAUGUAGGGAGAUUGAUUUCAUCAACCUGAGUCAAAAGAAAAUGGCCUCACUUGAGUGAUUCUUUGGCAUGUGUCCCUUUGUGUGUGUGUGUGUGUGUCUGUCACUAUCUCUCACUAUAUGUUUCUCCCUGUGUGUCUGUCUUUGCUUCUCUCUCUCUUCUUCUUUUUUCUCUCCUUUGCCGUUCUUUUUUUUUUUUCCUUUUCCAUCCCUCAUUCUUUCUCCCUGCUUUUCUCUAUUUCUUGCUCUCCUUUUCUCCCUUCCUCUGUCUCAGGCGCUGCAUUAUCUCACCCUACUAUAGUUUAAUUUUCAUCUAAGAUGGGAUUGAGUUAUUUGAUGGAAAGAGAUGGUGGUUGAAAGUCUCAAAUGAAGGAUUUUGCAGCUUUCAAACCAAUUUUCAAAAAGAAAAAAAAGACAAAGAAACUCCAUUCAUCAUAAACAAAAGCACAAACACAUGUAGUGGUUUAUACAAUUUUGGUUUAAUUUCAAUUAGUCUUUCUCCCCUGGACUAGAAAUCCAAUAUAGUUUGCCAUUAAUUUAUUGAAUCUGGUUUUGGACAAUGCUUCUGUAGUGUAGCUGCACGUCCCAGUACUGUAUCCUCUGACCUUUAUUUUCCAUGUGUUAAAAGAAAUGAAAAACAACCUGAGAUUACGCUUGCAUAAACUCUAAUUUGCACAGUUCACAGCUACUACUUGUGCAGCAAUUGCUUUAUGCGGCUGUAAUCGAUAACCUGUGAAGACAGCACAUCAUCUAAACCCCAUUCCAAAUAAUAUUUCUGUGUAGUGUUAGCUGUGAAUUUACCCUGUACAGCUGUAUCUCUAUAAAUAUAAUUCCAUGUAUUAAUAGUCACAGAAAGGCUGUAAGUGAGCAACUAUUUUUAUGAAACGCACCACUAUGGAUAAAUUAACUUUUACAGAAAUCUUGUUUACUGUAUGAUAUUCUAAAACACUGUCAAAUAAAAUAUAUAUCCAAAAUCCUUUUUCCCAA